AGGGCGGCGGAGGCGGGCGCUGGUGCUGGCCGCAGGAUGUGGCUGGGCCCGGAGGAGGUGCUGGUGGCCAACGCGCUGUGGGUGACGGAGCGGGCCAACCCCUUCUUCCUGCUGCAGCGCCGACGGGGGCACGGAAAGGGCGGGGGGCUCACAGGUCUCCUAGUUGGCACUCUGGAUGUAGUUUUGGAUUCCAGCGCCCGCGUGGCCCCGUACCGAAUCCUCCACCAGACCCAGGACUCCCAAAUAUACUGGACCGUUGCCUGCGGUUCUUCCCGUAAGGAGAUCACAAAACACUGGGAAUGGCUGGAGAAUAAUUUGCUACAGACUCUGUCCAUCUUUGAGAAUGAGGAAGACAUUACUACCUUCGUCAAGGGCAAGAUUCAUGGUAUCAUCGCCGAAGAGAACAAGAACCUGCAGCCCCAGGGCGACGAGGAUCCGGGGAAAUUCAAGGAGGCCGAGCUGAAAAUGCGCAAACAGUUUGGAAUGCCGGAGGUGGAGAAGCUGGUCAAUUAUUAUUCCUGCAGCUACUGGAAAGGGCGAGUGCCCAGACAAGGCUGGCUGUACCUGACUGUCAACCACCUCUGCUUCUACUCCUUCCUGUUGGGGAAGGAAGUAACCCUGGUGGUCCAGUGGGUAGAUGUCACUCAGUUGGAGAAGAACGCCACCCUGCUCUUUCCCGAGUGCAUCAAAGUCAGCACCAGGGACGUGGAGCUCUACUUCUCCAUGUUCCUCAACAUCAACGAGACCUUCAAGCUCAUGGAGCAGCUGGCCAACAUUGCCAUGAGGCAGCUGUUGGACAAUGAAGGCUUUUUGGAAGACAAGUCCCUUCCCAAACCCAUCAAGCCUCUCAAAAACAUCUCGGCCCUCAAACGGGACCUGGACGCCCGCGCCAAGAACGAAUACUACCGCGCAACCUUCCGGUUGCCGAAAGACGAGCGCCUGGACGGCCACACGGACUGCACCCUGUGGACCCCGUUCAACAAGAUGCACAUCCCAGGCCAGAUGUUCGUCUCCAACAAUUACAUCUGCUUUGCCAGCAAAGAGGAGGAGGCCUGCCAUCUCAUAAUCCCUCUGAGAGAGGUCACAAUUGUCGAAAAAGCUGACAGUUCCAGUGUUUUGCCCAGUCCCCUGUCUAUUAGCACCAAAAAUAAAAUGACUUUCCUGUUCGCCAACCUAAAGGACCGCGAUUUCUUGGUGCAGAGAAUUUCGGAUUUCUUACAGAAGACAUCGUCUAAAAAACUCAGCAGGAGCAUGAAGGAGAGGAAGGCAAGCGCCACCGACCCGUUGAGUGAGAUUGCAUCUGGUUCUCAGGAGUCUCGCGAGCAGCCCGCCAGCCGUUCUCUUCCCACCAGUCCGUCCUCAGUCCCAAGCAACCCCAUGCUGAACUUCUGCCGGGAGGAGGCACCAACCGCCUCCCAGGGUCUACUCAAACUCUUUCGGAGAAACUCACCCACCGAGUGUCUUGGCCCGAAAGGGGCUAAGGAAAAGAUGAAAGAAGAGUCAUGGAAUAUCCACUUCUUUGAGUACGGCCGCGGGAUGUGCAUGUAUCGGACAGCCAAGACCCGGGAAUUGGUGUUAAAGGGCAUUCCAGAGACCCUGCGUGGAGAGCUGUGGCUCCUGUUCUCAGGAGCCUGGAACGAGAUGGUGACUCACCCAGGCUACUACGGCGAGCUGGUGGAGCGGUCCAUGGGGAAAUACAACCUGGCCACGGAAGAGAUCGAGCGGGACCUCCACCGCUCCAUGCCAGAGCACCCGGCGUUCCAGAACGAGAUGGGGAUCGCAGCCCUCCGCAGGGUGCUGACGGCUUACGCUUUCCGAAACCCCACCAUUGGAUACUGCCAGGCAAUGAACAUCGUGACGUCUGUGCUGUUGCUGUACUGCAACGAGGAAGAAGCGUUCUGGCUCCUGGUGGCACUUUGUGAGCGGAUGCUGCCCGAUUAUUAUAACACCAGGGUGGUAGGAGCAUUAGUGGACCAAGGCAUCUUUGAAGAGCUCACAAGAGACUACCUCCCGCAACUGUCGGAGAAAAUGCAAGACUUAGGCGUGAUUUCCACAAUAUCCCUCUCCUGGUUCCUCACUCUCUUCCUCAGCGUCAUGCCUUUUGAAAGUGCCGUGGUCAUUGUCGACUGCUUCUUUUACGAAGGCAUCAAGCUCAUCUUGCAGGUGUCUCUCGCCAUCCUGGAUGCCAACAUGGAUCCGCUGUUAAACUGUUGCGAUGAAGGCGAGGCCAUGACUGUCCUGGGGAGGUACCUGGAUAACGUGGUUAACAAGCAGAACGUUUCUCCACCUAUUCCACACCUCCACGCCUUGCUCACAAGUGGCAAUGACCCUCCCGUGGAAAUAGACAUCUUUGAAUUGCUGAAAUCCUCCUACGAGAAAUUCAGCAGCCUGAGGGCAGAUGACAUUGAACAGAUGCGAUUUAAGCAGAGGCUGAAAGUUAUCCAGUCCUUGGAGGACACGGCCAAGAGGAGCGUGGUCCGUGCUAUAUCCGGUGACAUCGGUUUCUCAAUGGAAGAACUCGAAGAGCUUUAUAUGGUGUUCAAGGCCAAGCACCUAGCCAGCUGUUACUGGGGCAAUAACCGCACCUCAGCCGUCCGCCGGGACCAGAACCUCCCGUACCUGGAGCAGUACCGCGUCGAUCUGGAGCAGUUCCGGGAACUGUUCGCCAGCCUGACCCCCUGGGCUUGCGGCCUCCACACCCCAGUGCUGGCAGGGCGGAUGUUCCGACUUCUGGACGAGAACAAGGACGCGCUCAUCAACUUCAAAGAGUUUGUCACCGGCAUGAGUGGGAUGUAUCACGGAGACCUGACUGAGAAGCUUAAAAUUCUUUACAAACUACACCUGCCUCCAGCUCUGAGCCCAGAAGAAGCAGAGUCUGCCUUGGAGGCUGCCAGUUAUUUCACAGAGGAUAACUCCACGGAAGUAUCUCCCUUUGUCUCAGAACUGGAUCUCUUCAUGCACUGUGAAUCUCAAGAUCCAACGUCCCUGGAAGAAAGCGAAGGAGCUGGAAAUGGAGACUCAAAGGAAAGAAAAGAGGAGAAGGCCAACAGCCCUCCAGACUACCGGUACUAUCUCCGAAUGUGGGCCAGCGAGAAAGAGUCCAAGAAGGAGACCAUUAAGGAUCUCCCCAAAAUGAGCCAGGAGCAGUUUAUCGAAUUGUGCAAAACCCUGUACAAUAUGUUCAGCGAAGACCCAGUGGAGCAAGAGCUGUAUCACGCCAUCGCCACCGUCGCCAGCCUCCUCCUCCGAAUCGGCGAGGUCGGCAAGAGGUUCUCCAACCGCCCCGUGAAGAGGGCAGAGGAUGCCGGAGCCGGUGACGCUCAGGACGGCGCCGGCCGAGACGAGUCUCCCGUGCCCGAGCAGGGCCCGAACUGUGCUGCGGGGCAGCAACCGCCGCCGGCGGAGCCCACAGCUAAAGAGGGUGGAGCCCCGCAGCCCGGGAAGACCCCGCGGGACCCCCAGAUCGCGGGGGACGGGGCCGGUGGAGACGGCGGGCAGGGCUCCCCCUCGGACGACGAAACCAAAGACGACACGUCCAUGUCUUCCUACUCCGUGGUGAGCACCGGCUCCCUGCAGUGCGAAGACCUCACGGACGACACCGUCCUGGUGGGGUGCGAGGCGGGCGCGGCGGGGGCCCGCUACGGGAGCACCGUCGACAGCGACUGGUCCAUUUCGUUUGAGCAGAUCUUAGCCUCCGUGCUGACGGAGGCGGCCCUGGUCAACUUCUUCGAGAAGAAGGUGGACGUUGGCCUGAAGAUUAAGGAGCAGAAGAAAGUGGAGAGGCAGAUCAGUUCGUCCAGUGACUACGAGCUCUCCUCGGUCUCGGGCUGACUCGCCUAGCGAGUAGUGGCUUUAGGAAGCGAAGGGUAGAAACAGGAAUCCUUAUGGCAUAAGAUGUGGGGGCUGGGGAGAGGACCUUCAUUUUUCCCCCCUCAAUCCACCAGUCAGCAACCAUAGAUUCAGCUGGAAAAGCAAAUAAAAUAAAGGAGAGGGUUUUUUCAAGCGGCUGCCUAAUGUACGCUCCUUCCUGCUUUGGGUAGGAUAGCACGAAAGCUAUUCGAUCUCAGUAGUCCCCAAGGUUCCCACAGUAAUUUAUGCAUGCUUGCCUCUGAUUAUCCUCUGAAAAAAUGAAUAUUAAGUGAGCUGGUUUUGGUGGGGAACAACUGCCGUCUUCUCUGCCCUGCUUUCAUUUUGCCAUAGGAUUCUGCGGGAUCCCAUCCAGCGGCGGUGUCCUUAGCAGCCACUCUAUAAACUAACGCAAGGUGUCUGAAUGUCACAAGGUCCCUGGCCUGGUCGGAAGUGCAGCGUUGUAGGUUUCCAGAUCUAUUGUGGCGUCAAUUGGCAAACUUAGUGCCCUUGCCCUGCGCUUUCUAAAGCAGCUGGUUUCUGUAAGCUACAGUUUCUGCGGGCUGAGAUUUCUACCUAAAGAGCGCGGCUUCUCGGCAUCUUACAAGGGAGCUUUUGUGCAAAAAAAAAAAAAAAUUGGAGCAAGAGCCCAUUAUCCUUAACCCUGUCUUGCUCGGCACCGGGAUUUGGAUUUCUGUUCGUAGCCCCCGAAGUCACUAAUUCCUCAGAUGCCGGGUUAAGGAGAGCGGGUUUGAAGCUAAAAUGCACUUUGAGGUUGAGGACCGGAGAGGAGGUGUAGUGUUCAAAAUGUCUUUAACAGAGCUAGUGAAGGUAGGACAACAGUGGCCCCUGGCUUCGUAUUGUUAUUGUGACUUUAAAUCCAACUUUUCUGUUGUUUCGAUCGCCAUAACCGUUAGCAUUUUUAAAAGGAAGGGAAAAGAAUCGGUUAUUUCCUGACCCAGCUCAUUCGUUCAUUUUUGUUUAUUACAAGUGAAUCCACGAUCAAAGCCUUAAUGUACGUGCUCUAGGAAAAUUGUGAGAGACGGGCUUCUGAACCUUAAAGAGCAAGUGUUACUCUCUCCGGGAACAAAUCCCAGUCAGCGGGGUCGAUCUUCUGAUCAUUUCCAUGGCCACCUGUUGAUCCCUUUCCUCGUCCAACCUGUAAAUAUGGUGCUUUUUCGAGAGAGGCUUCGCCCACCCAAAUGCCUAGAUAGGAAUCUCCGGAUCACCCGUGGAGUACCCAGGCCCGCCACCCCCACCAGACACAGACACACCCGUUUUUUUUGCGUGAAAUAGGAGGGGAAAAGCAGGAUACUUUAUGAGCUGUCACUCAGAGGCUUGAAAACAAUUCGCGUCCUUCACGUCACUGAGCAUGGAGCCAGAGAGACCGCUAUAGCUUGGGUUGGUCCCGUUCAGGUAAGAUGUGGAUUUAGGAGCCUUACUGGGCAAGAUAAAACUAGACCGCCUUAAGGAGGAAUAUCCCGAUCAGGAAACUUCCCUCUCCCCUUCAUUCAGACCCAUUCAUCCCACUGCACGAGCUUCUGCGUUCCAAUAACUCGUGUUCAGCAAGGCGAGUGGGAGGAGAAAGGAGAGAGAUUGUAAUGCACCAGAGAAAUUGGAGAAAUUGCAUCUGAGCCUUGUCGUAUUGCAACGGAAGAUCGGAAAGGCCCGAGUUCUUUGCCGUCCCUAUGUGGUGGUUCCCCUUUUCUGGGGGUCCCCUCUGUAGAGCAUUGGCCAAGCAGUGUUUCCUAACUUUUUGCCGCCUCGGUCUAUGGAGAGCAGCCUCCCUGCUUUUACUAAAUGUUAUGAUAACUUAUUGUGUUGAUUUUUUUUAAGUAAAAUUUAUCUGUGGUUUUACUUCAUGUCUGAUCUGUCGUACUCAAUAAAUAAAUCGGAACACCAUUGGAGACCUUGA